CAUGUCGGCUUGCAAUAUGCAUUUCACGUUUUUCUUUUUGAUUUUACAAUUACAGCAUGUAUUUUGUUUGUAUGAAGAUCAGAUGGGAUUAUUUGAUUGGAAACAAGAUUAUGUUGGAAAAGUUGAGAAUUUAUUUUGGGAUCAGUCUUCUGCAGCAACAGGGAAACGAUUAUUUGUUAGUACUGAAAAACAUGUUGUAGCUUCAAUACAUGCACAUAAUGGAAGUCUAGCAUGGAGAAGAGUUUUUGAAGAAACUGAACGUGGCAGAGUUGAUAGUUUACUGUAUCAAUCAAAUACAUUAAUAAGUGUAUUAUCUGGAGGUGAUUUUAUUAGAAGUUGGCAGAUGGGAACAUCAUUAUUAUUAUGGGAAGUCAAACUUGGAACAGAAAAUAAUAUAAGAUCAACCUCCAUUUUCACAAGUAAUGAAAAGGCUGACAGUUUUCUUGUUGCUACAUCAAAUGGUUUGUAUAAUAUCAAAACAAAUGAUGGAAAGAAAUUAUGGCAAACUAAUCUACCAAAGAGUAAUACAAUUAAUAGAUGGUUACUGGCUGUAACAGAAGAUGAUAACUACAUGGCCGUAGGUUUAUCUCGUAAUGCUGAGGUAACCAUAGCAGCUAUAAAUCAAGAUGGCAGCCUUGUGUCUGAACGAUCUGUCCAUGCUCCAUGGGUUUCAGAUGACGUCAGCUGUAUGAUAUUAAAAGGAAGUCAACUGGUAUGUUAUGUACCAUCAAAACAAGCUAUUCAACAUGUUGGUCUACGAGAUGGAAAUAGUUUUAUUACCACUUCUUUAAGGGACUUGGGCUUUGAAGCUACAACAGAAACCAGUUUAGAAACCCCUUUAAAUGGUAUAACAGGGUUUGAAAAAGAAUGUAUAUUACGUAUAUCUAAAGAUCAUUUAGUUGUUUUAACAAUUGAUGGUGGAAAAGUAAAAAUUAUUAAAGAUAUGCCAAAAGUAUCUGCAGCAGAAAUAGUUGAACAUGAAGAUAAAACAUUGAUAGUAGCUUUACAAAAAUCAACAACUGAGCCUAUGGUAACUAUAUCUGGAUAUGAUAUAAAAACAGGACAAGAAAAUACAGAUCUUAGUCAGAAAAUACCUUUUGCUAAUUCUCAUGGACUGCCUAAGAAGGUCAGUAGUCUGAUAUUUACUAAGAGAAGAGAUUCUAGAAUAGGAUGUAAAAUAGCUAUAUUAUCUGAAGAUUAUGCUUUACAAGUUGUACAGAAGGCAGGUCGAGUAUCGUGGAGAAGAGAAGAAGCAUUAGCCUAUAUAUUAGCUCUAGAAAUGGUGGAUCUACCAGUCUCAGAAAAUCAGGCUAAAUUUGAAGAUGAAUUUGGAUCUAAUGAUGAAAUAUUUGUUAUGUUUAUAAAGAGACUGAGAGCACAAUUAUCACAACUCAAGUUAUUUGUAAUCAAGAUGGUGGAGAAGUUACAAGGUUUACGACACCCUGCCCCUACUCUCAGUGAUGAAGAUAUUGAUCAAGAAGAAGAUGAAAUAGAAGAGGAAGAAGAUAUGAUUAGAGAUGAAUUUAAUCUUCAUAAAGUCAUUGUAGCUGUUACUAAACCUGGCAAGAUAUUUGGUAUUAGAAGUCAUACUGGAAAGAUUGUAUGGCAGCAUUAUUUAUCUGAUUUAGUACCUUAUAAUAAAUUUGGUGAGCUGUCAAUGUUAUUACUGAUACAGAGAACUACAGCUCAUUUCCCCCAUCCACCUCAGUGUGCUAUUAUUGGUAAAAAUAAGAGAACUGGAAAUGGGAUGUUAUUUACCAUCAAUCCUACUUUAGGAACUGUAAUAAAAGAUACACCAAGUCAUGGUUUAGAUCUAGGCUAUAAAGUUUUACAAGUAUCCUUAUUAAAUCACAUAGAUUCUAACUUUCUGAAAGGUAUUCUCUUAAUGGAUAAUGACAAAAAGAUUCAUCUAUACCCAGAAAGUAUUGGACCAGUUAUACAAACAUCACUACCUAAACUCUAUCUUCACCUGACAGAUUUAAAUACUAAUAUUAUUACUGGUUAUAGAAUUAUCAAUACUAAAAAUCAGGGAUUAAUGGCUGAAGCAGUAUGGAAUGUAAAUCUAAAUAAAAAUCAACAGACUAUAAGACAGGUAGUUGGUAAAAGAGCUAUAGAACAUGUCCAUUCUCAGGGUCGUGUAUUAGGUGAUAGAAGUGUACUCUAUAAAUAUCUUAAUCCUAAUUUAUUAGCUGUUGUAGCUGAAGGUGAAGAACCACCUUCUCCAGGAAAUCAUAAAGGGUUUUUUAACAUCUAUUUAAUUGAUGGUGUAACAGGCCAUAUUGUAUUUCAUGUUAAUCAUAAGAGAGCUAAAGGACCUAUUAAUACAGUACAUUCUGAAAACUGGCUUGUGUACUCUUACUUUAGUGAGAAACAUAGACGACAUGAAUUAGCUGUAUUAGAGAUGUAUGAAGGAAAGGAACAGAGUAAUUCUACUGCCUUCUCUUCUCUUUCUCCACCACCACAACCAUUAGUACUUCGUCAAUCUUAUAUCUUCUCAUCUCCUUUAUAUUCCAUGUCAACUACUGUUACUGAGAAAGGUUUAACUAAUAAAAAUAUUAUUAUUGCAUUAAAAUUUGGAGGAUUAUUAUCUCUACCUAAAGCAUUAUUAGAUCCUAGAAGACCUGCUAUGCCUUCACAAGAAUCAAUUUUUAACAAUCUAUUAUCUAGGGAAGAAGGUGUUAUACCAUAUAUACCUGAAAUACCAAUACAUAAUGAAGCUAUAUUAAAUUAUAAUAAAACAUUAUAUAGAGUAGAUGGUAUUUAUACUGGACCAGCUGGUUUAGAGUCUACAUCUCUUAUCUUUACUUAUGGUCUAGAUUUAUUUUUUACCAGAGUAAUGCCAUCUAAAAUGUUUGAUGUUUUAAAAGAAGACUUUGAUUAUGCGUUAAUUGGAUCUAUAUUAUGUAUUAUGAUAUUAGUUUCUUUCUUAACUCAAAAAUUAGCAGCUAAAAGAGCAUUAUCUAGAGCAUGGAAAUAA